AUGGGAAAGAAAAACAAAAAUAGGAGAGAACUAUACCAGACGUUGGAUAAUUCUGGAGACAAGGUGAACUUUCGUAACGAUGUAAAAGAAACUGUACCAGUUAAAGGUCUUCAUAAUUUAGGCAACACAUGUUAUCUUAAUGCUGCUCUUCAAUGUCUUGCAAGGAGUCCAUGGCUUUUAAAUCUAUUGGUUGUCGAUGAACCAAGAGAAUCUACUCUGACUAAGCCUAAUGGGGAUUCAAUAUCUACGUUAUGUGUUUCCCUACCACUAAUGAAGUGCCCACUGACAAGUCAAUUUAAGGAACUUAUUUCUGUUUUAAAGCCUGGUGAACUUUCAAAUUCCAAGAUGAGCUCUUCCAACACAAUUAGUCCUGGGAUGUUUCGAAAUGUGUUUGUUGAACGUUGUCCUCGAUUCAGUGGAUUUGGGCAACAUGACAGUCAUGAAUUAAUUCGUGCUCUCCUGGACUGCUUAAAACAAGAAGAACUUGCACGCUGGAAGAAGGGUAUUUUACUCAAGCUCAAUGUUAACCCAAAAGAUGUUCGUGAUGAUGAGAAAGAGUCUAUUCGCAAUUGGGGAAAAGCAGCUUCAAUAGCCACGACUGUAGAUCGACUUUUCGGUGGGAUUCUUGUCAGUACAUUACAGUGUUGUUGUUGUGGUACUGUUCGCCCUAAAUUUGAACCAUUUUUGGACCUUUCAUUGUCUGUUUCUCAAAACAAUGUUUCAAAACACAAUAUAAAUGAAUUUGUGUCUAAACAGCAUUCUAAAGGUGCCUCCAGUUCCAAACAACUUCGGAAAAAGGAACGUAAACGUAAAACUCAAAAACAACGGAAACGUCAAAAUUUUAUGCAUGAUCAUCAGUCAGAUCAGGAAUGUCUAGAUCAGUGCAGUUCAGAUUCAGAUAGUCGAAAAACAAAACAUAGUGAACAUUCACCAUUGGAUACAUUUAUUGCAAUGUGUUGUGAUGACGUAACAACUCCAAAUGUAGAUAGUAAGCUAAUAGAGAACGUGAACGGGGAUCUUGACAUAGAUGAGAACCAAUAUAAAGAUAAUAAUGGCAACAAUGAUGUAAAUAAGAAUGGGGAGAAUUCGCCCAAUUUGAAUGAAUGCGAACUUUCAAGUGAAACAUUAAAUCAAAGUUUUUGUGAUGAAGUGGCAUCAUCAGACGGAAAUUGUGCAGACGGUGAAGGCAGUGAUCGAUGUGAUAGUGUUGCAUCACUACAAGUUAUUACAAAUGGCUGUGAUGAAAAUUUACAACAAGUAGAGAUGAAUAAUACCAAUACGGAACAGAUUACUUAUGAAUUAGAAAAGUUAUGCUUGAACACAGUUCCAUCGUUUUCAUGUGAUUCCGAUGAACUAAAUCAAGCUAUUCAUUAUGCACGAAUCCCACUUGGUCAGAGUAAAAGUAUCAACUCAACAGAAGAUGGAGUCACAUCUAUUUAUGAAUGUCUUUCAAAAUAUACUUCUACUGAAUUAUUAACAGGAUCUAAUCGGUUAAUUUGUGAUGUAUGCACAAAACGAAAUUCAUUAGAUGAAUUGGGAAACAAUUUGACUAGUGAAACAAUGAAUAAACAAACGUCUAACAACAACAACAACAGUAACAAGCCAGACAUUUUACAAGAUGUUAUUAAACGUGAUUUAAUCUAUAAGCCUCCACCAAUUCUGACAAUACAUUUGAAGCGAUUUCAACAGGUCGGUGUUCAAUUACGAAAAUCUCAGAAACGUAUUCAUUUCCCAAUCUACUUGAAUAUCACUCCUUUCUGUUCUGUACUCGCUAUGACUCAUUCUAAUCAAAUUCGUUAUCGUCUUUACGGUGUGAUUGAACAUACUGGACAUUUAACUUCUGGUCAUUAUGUAGCUUAUGUAACUUUACCAAAAUCAUACACUAAUUAUAAUGAUAAUCAAUCAGAUCGUAUAGAGCAUCAAUUCAUUGGUUCAUUGAAUCGUUCACCUAAAUGGCCUUUAUCUGUUAAUGAUUUAAUUCAACGUCUUCGUCGUUGUGAUCAUCAUCAAUUGUUAUUGUCAUCGAAUAAUUUUAUAUCUUGUACUCAAAAUGGCAACAACACUAUCAAUGAUUCAACAAGUCAUAAUAAUGAAGUGGUUGAUGAUGAUCAUCAUGAUAAUGAUGAUUCACGUCAAUGGUUCUAUUGUUCCGACAGUCAUAUAACACGUGUAUCUCAGUCAACUGUAUUGAAUUGUCAGGCUUAUGUUUUAUUUUAUGAACGUAUUGAAUGA